AUUAUCAUCCAUCAACAGCAGAAGCGGCGACCACCAAAGGCUAAACACCUCACUCAGCUAUACUGGCAAAGUCGGCGGGUUGCGGAUCAACUGUCGGUGAUCAGCUGGCAGCAUCACAUACGCGAUUUCAACAAGAUGGCCGAUGCGCUCGCCAACCUGGCGAUGAAUACACGGCGUAGCAUGCAA